AUGAGUUCCGAUGGUCCGUCGGCCUGUGGCCAACUGCAGCAUCUCACCAAGGGCCUCAGCGAUGCCAUCAUCGCGGUGGACAACACAGAGUUCCACAUCCAUAAGAUCAUCCUGUGCAACUGUAGCCCCUACUUUGGAGCCCUCUUUCUACGCUGGUCCACCCCAGACCAGAGGGUGUAUGUCAUACGUGGUCUGACGGCCCGCUUAAUGCAGCUCAUUGUCGAUUUUGCAUACACCGGCACCGUGUCGGUGACAGAGGACAAUGUGAAGGAGUUGUUGAUCGCGGCCGAUGAGUUCAAUAUGAUUGCCAUUGUACAAACCUGCUGCGCAUUUCUAACAGAGCAGCUCAGGCCGGAGAACUGCGUGGGCAUCUGGCAGUUCACCAGGGACUAUCACGUGCCCCAGCUGCAGCUCGAGGCCUACCAGUACAUCCUCUACCACUUUGAGGAUGUGGCCACCUCGCACGAGCUCCACCGGCUAUCUGUGCAGGACCUGUGCGACAUCCUGGACCGGGACGACCUGAUUGUGAAGAAGGAGAACACAGUGUACCAGGCUGUCCUGCACUGGAUCGCACAUGCGCCCUGGGAGAGAGGGAGGAACCUGGCCAUGCUGCUGGCUCGGGUCCGUCUGGCUCUGACCAGUGAGGAGUUCAUCUCUGUCAACGUCCUGACGAAUCAGAUGGUGCAGAACAGUAGUAAAUGUCUGGACAUGGUUGGUUUCGCUACCCGAGUAAUCCGUCACAUGAAAGCCAACUCCGUAUCUGGAUUCUGCAACCUGGUCGCCCGUCCUCGCCUGCCUUCCGCCAUCCUUCUGGCGAUCGGUGGCUGGAGCGGUGUCAACCCGACGCAGUGCAUUGAGGCGUACGAUGUCCAUGCCAAUAGUUGGGUCAGCCUUUUGGACGAUAUGGACCAUCCGCGGGCAUACUGCGGUGCCGCCUUCCUCAACAAUGCCAUCUACUGUCUGGGCGGCUUUGACGGCACAGAACAUUACAAUACCGUCAGCCGCUUUGACCUGAACACUCGCACCUGGCAGGAAGUGGCGCCCAUGCACUUCCGCCGAUGUUAUGUGAGCGUCACGGUGCUAAAUGGGUGCAUCUAUGCAAUAGGAGGUCACGAUGGACGUGUAAGACUAAAGACAGCGGAGUACUACACGCCUGAGACCAACCAGUGGACUCUUAUUGCCAGUAUGCAAGAACAGAGGAGCGAUGCCAGCUGCACUGCCCUCAAUGACAAGGUUUACAUUUGCGGUGGUUUUAACGGAAAUGAGUCCCUGCAAACGGCAGAAUAUUACAGUCCAGAGACCAACCAGUGGACAACCACGGCCCCGAUGAGCUGUCGCCGCAGUGGCAUUGGAGUCAACGGGCAUGCCGGCCAUGUGUAUGCAGUCGGAGGCUAUGACGGCGAUGACCGCCUGGCAAGCGCUGAGGCCUAUGACCCUGAGACAGACACCUGGAUCGGGUUGCCCCCCAUGCAGUGCCCCCGAAGCAACUUUGGCAUCGAAGUGGUGGAGGAUUGUCUAUUUGUGGCUGGCGGCUACAACGGCGUCUCCACCACCAACCUGGUGGAGUACUACGACCUAAAACUUGGCAUAUGGUCUGCAGCUAAUGACAUGGGGAUCUCUCGAAGUGCUUUGAGCUGCUGCGUGAUGUCCGGCUUGCCCAACAUUGCCCAAUAUACAAUGCUUCGUAACGACCUGCCUUUGCUCUUCUUGGAGGAUGAUACUGUUGAUAUGGAAGACGAAGUCUAA